CAUAGAUAAUACAUUUAAUAUAUUGAGAAGUUUGAGAAAUCCACAGUAAAUAUUAUAAGUGACUUAAGGUUUAAUUUAAUGAGUUAUCAUUGAAUUACAUAAUUACGCUUUGAUAAGAUUAUUCGUGUUUGUUUUAUUCACAACAGGAGGUCUUUAAUACGGUUUCACAUUGAAAAUAUUCAGAAGUAACUAUGAAUUUUGCCGGCAAAGUCGUUAUCGUAACCGGUGCCAGCUCCGGAAUUGGAGCGGCCACCGCCGUAUUCUUAUCAAAAUUAGGCGCUCAACUAUCUUUGACGGGAAGAAACGUGGAGAACUUGCAAAAAGUGAGUAAGGACUGCGACAAAUUUGCGUCAACACUGUCAAUAACCGCAGAUUUGACCAAAGAAAGUGAUAUUGAGAAAAUCAUUAAGAAAACCAUUGACCAUUACGGAAAGUUGGACGUUUUAGUGAAUAAUGCCGGUAUUAUUGAAACUGGAACCAUCGAGAACACCUCCUUGGCCCAGUAUGAUCGUCUUAUGAACACCAAUGUGCGUUCAAUUUACUAUCUGACGAUGCUGGCGGUCCCUCAUCUCCUCGAAAGCAAAGGGAAUGUUGUAAACGUAUCGAGUGUUAAUGGGAUUCGCUCUUUCCCUGGAGUUCUGGCAUACAACAUCUCCAAAGCAUCUGUUGACCAAUUCACUCGCUGUGUUGCUUUAGAAUUAGCACCGAAAGGAGUCCGGGUUAACUGUGUCAAUCCUGGAGUAAUUCUAACAGAGCUACAAAGAAGGGGAGGGUUGAGUGAGGAGCAAUAUGCAGCAUUCUUAGAGAGGACUAAAGAAACUCAUGCAUUGGGACGUCCAGGUAAACCAGAUGAGGUGGCAGCAACAAUUGCAUUCCUUGCCAGCGACUUGGCAAGUAAUAUCACUGGUGCCAGUGUGCCAGUCGACGGUGGACGUCAUGCUAUGUGUCCGCGCUAAAUUUGAACUACUAUCAUGAAACAAAAUCAGGGUGCCAUUUUAUUACAAUUUGAUUUACCAUAGUAUAUAAGCUAAAUUUUAUAUGCAUUUAAUGAAAAAUCGGGAAAAACAUAAGUUUUAUUAUAUAAAUAUGUAUUCAUUUUUAAGAUUUUUAUUUUAAUAAAGUGCUAUUGUUGGUA